AAAGGGGAGGCGGAAGGUGCGGAGUCCCGGUUGGAGCUGUGCGCGGGGGCCCGUCGUCAGCGGAGGGAACCGGGAGGCGGACUGAGCGGGCCGAGCGAGGGAUGACAGGGCGUUGCCAAGUUGGAUUGUUCCUUGACUUGUAAAGAAAAACCCAAAGCCCUUUCAAAGUUGAUGAAUCCAUCAAUAUCUUCCAUGGUGACUGGUGCAAUACAGACUGCUUAACUUUUUGCAACGUGCUUUAUACUUCAAGCUUUCAUGAAGCUCAGCUGCUGCCUAUUGACUUUGAUUCUCAGUGCUAGUGUUUCUGCACUAGAAAAUGUGGCCUCCAACCUGACAGCUGCUACUGGGUCAAGGUUCCUUCCUCUCGUUGCAUCAUUUCUUCCCACCCUACAAGCCUUCACAAAAUCGGCAAUACCUCAAGAUAUCAUAGUGAAAGAAGGUAACGGUGCUUUCAUUGAAUGUAAGCUGAACAUCAGUCAGCAUAACACCAUCCUUUGGUUCAACUCAAAAGGGCAUCUACUGAAGCAAGAUGGAGAGGAUGGAAGAUGGCUGAUCUCUAACAGUACCCUUAAUAUCACAAGUGUAACCUUUGGUGACCGGGGGCGAUACAGUUGUGUUGUCACUACCCAAAAUGGCUCUUUCCAUUACUCAGUCACCCUCAGGGUGGUCUCCACAUCUGGAGACAUGGGCAUUUACUACAUGAUUGUCUGCCUGGUUGCCUUUACUAUCACCCUGAUCUUAAAUAUAACACGUCUGUGCAUGAUGAGCAGCCAUCUCCGUAAGACAGAGAAGGCCAUCAAUGAAUUCUUCAGAACUGAAGGGGCUGAGAAACUCCAGAAGGCCUUUGAAAUUGCCAAACGCAUUCCAAUCAUUACCUCUGCCAAAACGCUGGAAUUGGCCAAAGUCACCCAGUUUAAGACUAUGGAAUUAGCUCGAUACAUUGAAGAGUUAGCCAGAAGUAUCCCUCUUCCGCCACUAAUCCUUAACUGUAGGGCCUUUAUGGAAGAGAUAUUUGAAGCAGUGAGAGUCGAUGACCCUGAUGAAGUUGGAGAUGGAGUCAAACAGACGCAAGCCCUCGGUGUCCAAGACGGACUCUAUCCCUUAAACCCAGAAAUUAAGCGCAGUAAUUCACCAACAGCAGACUCGGAUGAUGGUUCUCUAAAUGACCAUGGUAAAGAAAUAGCUGUUGAGGUAUCCAUCCACCUUCAGUCAGAAGCACAAAGCAUUGACACUGUUUCCCACGACAGUGUUCCCUCCAUACCUUUUGAAGAUGAUGCAGGUGCUGAAUCCAGUACAGCAGCAAAGGCAGAUGUUUGAAAGCUUCAUCUGGAAACUUCAAGAAAAAAGGGGAAGCAAAAAAAAAAAAAA